AUGGAUCUCCGAGGCAUAUUAAACACGUCAGACUCGGGCGAUCGCCCGAACGCGGCGGCUUCGACACCGAAACAGCAACCGCCCCAACGUCCGCCCCAGGCCCAGCUUCAGCAACAGCCGCCUCAUCCUCCGCCUCCUCAGUAUCAACAGAUAGCGCAGCCUCCUUCCACGCCAUCUCAGCAGAAGCCGCACUUUCAGUAUGAUUACCCACACCCGCACCAAUCGCCGGCGAAGCACCCGGACUACCCUCAUCCCCCUCAAAGGCAGCAGUCGAUGCCGUAUCCCGCCCAGUCGCCCUACCAGUCUCCUGCGCCGUAUCCGCCUCGUCCAGGACCUCCGCAAGGGCUUCAGGAACAAGGAUAUCCGGCUGUGCAAUCUCCAGUGUCAACGCCGAUGGCCGCGCCGCCAAACGCCUAUAACCGCGCUUCAUCCACGCCCCUCGCAGCAGGCCCGCCGCCUCCUGGGGCCGGAGGCAGCUACUUUCCGGGGCAACACACGCCCACCGAGAUGAGGAGCCCCAUCCAGCAGCACCAAUACCCUCCCAACGCGUAUCCUCCUCGUGACGGCCCUUAUCAGCCUGGCGGACCUGCCACUGCUGGCGUUCCUGGAGGCCCCCAUGGUCCAGGUGGCCCCUACCGCCAGCAGCAGUCGCCAGUACUCCAGACACCUUCGACGCCAGGCGCUCCUUCCGCGUAUCCUCACCAGAGAUCUCAAUCGACGCAUUCGUUAACAAACAUGUCCACGCCGACCUCUUCACAGAGCCAGCACGCGCCUUAUGGUGCCUCCUUCCACCAGCAACCGCCCCCACCGCCCCAGCAACCUCAACAAAGAAGCCCAGUCGCGACCAAUCGACCGCCAAUUUCCUUCAAUAGACAGCAGUCUCAACCCCCUGUCCCUUCAGGCCCACCCAUACCUCCACCUUCCCGCCAAUCAUCGGACAUAUCUCCAAUUUUCGGCCAUCCGACAAGCCCUCACCUACGCCGGUUGUCGUCCGCCGGUCCUGGCAUUCAACAGCAGCAGCAACACGCACACCCACCACCUCCACCCCAGCAACUACCACAACAACGGCAUCAACCUCAACCCCAGCCCCACGGUUCCCCACUACCGCUCCCGACAUCCAUACCGGCGGGUGCGGGCGUCGCCAAUCGCAUUCCUAGUGCCCAUACGUCCCCCAUCCAGCAGGCCAGCGAGCUACGCCGGACCUCUCAAACGACGAGUGAUCGUGGCAGGAGCAUCAGCGUUAGCCCCAAGACCCACGUUCACAAGCUACCUAACAAUUCUACCCACCCCCACGGAAUAACACCUUCGCCGGCUGCCGAUAUCCACAAUAACGCCGCCAGUUCUCAACGACAAGCAGCGGUGGUUGCCCCGGCGAGAACGGAUCGAGCCAUGACGCCCGCCAAGCGCAAGAUGGACGAUCGGGACACCGAUGACGAUUCGGACCGGAGAGACGUACGCCAACGCCAGGGGUCCAUUGUUAACGGCAAGGCUGCCCCCAUCACUCCCCGCCAACAACAACCACCUCUGCCUCGAGCGAAUUCUACGAUGGCUGCCGCCCCAGCACCUACGCCAGGACCACCACCCCGCCGACCCUCGUUGUCUCCCGAGCUGGAGAAGAAGAAGCGGAAACCUAAGCCGAAGAUUUACACCGAGCCGCCCAUCUGGGCCCAGUCGGCGAGGAACCCCAGUAUUAAACUCAAGCGCGCCAACUUUGAAUUCCCUAAGAAGAGGCACCUAGCCAAUGCCUCCACCUCGUCAGUUAACGGUCGAGCGGCAAGCUUCCGACCAGAACGCAAAAGUCGAAACACUUCCCCCGAGGUGACUCGACCCCAGGGCGGCCAACAGCAGCCGGCUCCUCCUCCACCACAAGCCGCGGGAGGCCCGACACCCGCCGCCAUAGACCCCAAUGCGGAGAUCACUGCCAUCUUAGGUCCAUGGGAGCCGACUAUUGCAAAUGUCAAGCCGCUUGAUGAACUCAACAAGGCGGUUGCGGAUUUCCUCUUCCUCAACGUCAUCAAUAGCCCGGAUGCCGUCGAAAUAGCCCGAUUAGGCAUUGCCUUUGAGAUUGAGGCGAAGCUGGGAACCGUUAUCGACAAGGACACGAAUGAUCGCGUGGCGUACCCCGUUGGCUCGGAGUGUCUGCUUAGGGAUAGGGGCCAGUUUGCGUUUCGCAGUAGUAUGACUGAGGCCCAGCACAAAGGACUCAACGAAUACCUCAACCGCAUGGUCAUCGAAACAGAUCCCCGCAACCCCAACCCCACCUCCCCCGUUCCCCGCGUCCAAGUCCACUACAAGCACCGCCGCGAAGAAGACCGCUACUUCGAGCUCCCGCCCCAGCUCCGCGACACCCUACCCCCUUGCGUUCGCAACCUCAUGCGCCCGCGCCACGUGCCCAAGGCCCGCGUCACCUACGACCAGCGGAGCCGCCAAGUCCUUGCCAAGAUCGUGAAGGUGCGCGUCGCGGACCUCAGCAUCCACAUGCCAAAUUCGCCGCUCGAUUGUCGCAUUAGCGUUAAUCUCGAGAUGAAUUGGCCUGGUCCUAUUGAGGAGCUGGAGCAGACGGGUGGUGGUGCGGGGGAUAGAGCGAAUAUGCCGCCGAGGCAGAAGGAUCGGUUGAGUUACGCGCAGGGGAGCAUACAGGUUGAUUUGACGCAGGUGACGACGUCCAUGUCUGGACCUGGGGGCGCGCCCCGUGCCGGCAAAGAACACGAGCUCGAAAUCGAGCUCAACCCCUCCACGCUCAUCGACCAAGGCCGACGCCUCAUGAACCACGAACCGCACAAGUUCCCAGAGCUCAUCGAGUCCUUCGUCGACAACAUCCGCCUCUUAUCUCGCAAGACGAACGAGUUUGUUGCCAGAUAA